AUGUUUAUCUAUGUAUCCAAUGAUGACCAUUGGGGUAAAUUCCUUGGUUCAGUUCUUAAGAAUAGGGAUCCCAUGGAUAGCAUGCACACUUAUUUGUUUGAAUACAGAUGUCUCAGUUAUAUAGAUGCACAAAAUCUAACAGAUGUUUCUUAAUUCCAACUCCUUAGCCUAUCAGAAGAUCCAGACCUGCAGCCCUUCUUCUUUGGUCUAUUCCUGUUCAUGUACCUGGUCACAGUGCUUGGGAACCUGCUCAUCAUCCUGGCUGUCAGCUCUGAACCCUACCUCCACACCCCCAUGUACUUCUUCCUCUCCAACCUGUCCUUGACUGACAUCUGCUUCAUCUCCACCACAGUCCCAAAGAUGAUUGUGGACAUCCAAAUUCACAGCAGAGCCAUCUCUUAUGUGGGCUGUCUGACUCAGAUGUCUCUUUUUACCAUUUUUGCAUGUAUGGAUUAUAUGCUCCUAUCUGUGAUGGCCUAUGAUCAUUUUGUGGCCAUUUGUCAUCCCCUGCAUUAUCUGGUCAUGAUGAACCCUCGCCUCUGUGGCUUCUUAACUUUGUUGUCAUUUCUGUUCAGCCUUUUGGAAUGCCAACUGCACAUUUUAAUGAUGUUACAAAUCACCAACUUCAAGGACAUGGAAAUCGCUAGUUUCUUCUGUGACCCUUCUGAGCUUCUCAAACUCUCCUGUUCCAACACCUUCUAUAAUAACUUUGUCAAGUAUUUUCUUGGAGCAGUAUAUGGCCUUUUCCCCAUCUCAGGGAUCCUUUUCUCCUACUAUAAAAUUGUUUCCACCAUUCUGAGGAUCCCAUCCUCACAGGGGAGGUACAAAUCCUUCUCCACCUGUGGGUCUCACCUGGCAGUUGUUGGCUUAUUUUUAGGAACAACUUUUGGAGUGUACCUUGGUUCAGCUGCAUCAUAUUCUCCCAGGAAGGGUGCAAUGGCCUCUGUGAUGUACACUGUGGUCACCCCCAUGCUCAACCCCUUCAUCUAUGGCCUGAGAAACAGAGACAUUAAAAGUGUCCUGAGGAGGUGGCAGAAAUAG